UUUUUUCUUUGGCUAUUUUCUUGUUUUUGGAGAAAUUUUCCUCCUAAUAGCGGCCAGUCUUUCUCUCUCUAUAAAGUUGGCUUAGAGUCUUGAUUCUUCUUCUUCUUCUCGAGAUUGAUUUCUUGAAUACUUGUUUGAGCGUUUGAUUUGCAGUCAUGUCGUUGAGACCUGGCGCCAGAACCGAGGUUCGCCGCAACCGUUACAAGGUGGCUGUUGAUGCAGAGGAAGGUCGUAGACGCCGAGAAGAUAACCUAGUUGAGAUCAGAAAGAUCAAGCGCGAGGAAAGCCUCAUUAAAAAGCGCCGUGAAGGCCUUCACCCUCAACAUUACGCCCUUCACACACUUAACUUGGAGAGAAGGUUGGAGAGCCUUUCUUCUAUGGUUUCUGGAGUUUGGUCUAACGAUGACAAUUUGCAGCUGGAAUUUACUUCACAAUUCAGGAAAAUGCUUUCACUAGAAAGGAGCCCACCAAUCAACGAGGUCAUACAAUCUGGUGUUGUACCCCGUUUCAUUGAAUUUCUUAUGAGGGAGGAUUUUCCAGAACUUCAGUUUGAAGCUGCUUGGGCACUAACAAAUAUAGCUUCCGGAACUUCAGAGCAUACACAAGUGGUUGUUGAUAAUGGAGCCAUCCCUAUUUUUGUGAAGCUUCUCAGCUCUCCUAAUGAAGAAACACGGGAACAGUCUGUAUGGGCAUUGGGAAAUAUUGCGGGUGAUUCUCCAAGAUGUCGCGAUCUUGUCAUAAGCCAUGGAGCUAUAAUUGCUUUACUGUCACAGUUGAAUGAGCAUACCAAACUCUCAAUGCUUAGAAAUGCUACAUGGACAUUGUCAAACUUCUGCAGGGGCAAGCCACAGCCACUUUUUGACCAGACUAGGCCGGCACUUCCAGCUCUUGAAAGGCUUAUUCAGUCGAAUGAUGAAGAGGUGCUUACAGAUGCAUGCUGGGCUCUCUCUUAUCUCUCUGAUGGUACUAACGAUAAAAUUCAGAUAGUCAUCGAGGCUGGUGUUUGUCGACGCCUUGUUGAGCUCCUUCUUCAUCCAUCUCCAUCUGUGAUCGUUCCGGCUCUUCGCACUGUUGGUAACAUCGUUACAGGUGAUGAUAUCCAGACACAGAGUAUAAUUGAGCAUGGAGCUCUUCCAUGCUUACUGAGCUUGAUGGCCCAUAAUCACAAAAAGAGCAUCAAGAAAGAAGCUUGCUGGGCAAUAUCUAAUAUCACAGCUGGAAGUAGUGAACAGAUACAGGCUGUAAUUGAUGCUGGGAUAUUUGGUCCUCUGAUUAAUCUGCUGCAAACUGCUGAGUUUGAUAUCAAGAAGGAAGCUGCAUGGGCAAUCACAAAUGCCACUUCAGGUGGUAGUCAUGAGCAGAUCAGGUAUUUGGUUAGCGAGAAGUGCAUAAAGCCAAUGUGUGAUAUGUUGGUUUGCCCAGAUGCUACGAUAAUUACAUUGUGUUUGGAAGGGUUAGAAAACAUCUUGAAGGUUGGGGGGGAAGGUGAUGCUAUUUACUAUGCACAGUUGAUUGAAGAAGCUGAAGGACUGGAGAAGAUUGAAAAUCUACAGAAUCAUGACAACACUGAGAUUUAUGAGAAGGCUGUCAAGAUGCUCGAGACAUGUUGGAAGGAUGAGGAUGAGGACGAUGAGUUAUCAUUACCUAAUGGAGCUGAUGUUUCCCAACCCGCUUUCAACUUUGGAGGAGACAAUGUUCAAGUUCCAUCCGGAGGGUUCAAUUUCGGCUGAAAGGGAUUACAAGUUGCGGGGGGCUGUUUGGGUCGGACAGUGGAGAUUAACUACUACUUACAUGUGGAUGCUAUGUCAUUUUGGGUCGGGUUGGGUUGGGCGGGCUGACCCAUAUCCAGUUAAAGGUCGGGUAAGUGUCGCAUCUCUGAAGGGGAGGAGGUGCAAGUUGGGUGAGUUGAAAGCGGGUCGGGUGGGGGGAACAAUUUGGUUGGUAUUUGAAGGAGGAAAAGAGGAAAAGGGUCUGAAAUAUGAUUUUCUCUUUUUUUCUUUUUCAUUCACUAGUAUGUUUGGGAAAGUCAUCUCUUCAUUUUUGUUGAGUUUUAUUUGCAUUUUGUGGUUGUUUCCCUACAGGAGUCUAUAUUUUUUUUUAAAUCUCGACAGUGGACUAAGUACUUGUAUAUAUUAAUGCUAAGAUGAUAGUUAGUCU